AUGUUUGGCUCCACGGCGCCCGCUUUUGGGUCCAAUACAUCUCAAACGAGCUCUUCCCCGUUUGGCACAGGGUCGUCACAACCAGCUAACAAUGCAAGUAGCGGGUUUGGGGGGUUUGGCACAAUGUCUCAAAACAACACCAACGCCGGUGCUGUCGGAACUGGCAGCGGCUCGGGCCUUUUUGGUAUGUCUAGCAAUAACAACGGAGGAGGCACUUUGGGCAAUGGUACAGCGGGCCCCAAUUCGGGUCCUUUUGGUCAGGCAACACCGGCAGCCGGUAAUAACGCGCCUUCCUUGUUUGGGGCUUCGUCGUUGUCCUCAAAUUCGGGUCUCAAUCUUCAACAAGGCUCUGGAACGGCAAUCAAACCAUUUUCUGCUUAUACUGAAAAAGACGCUACUACAGGCGUGAAUAACGUUUUCCAGUCAAUUUCGUGCAUGCCUGAAUAUCGGAACUAUUCGUUCGAGGAAUUGCGUUUCCAAGACUAUCAGGCGAACCGCAGAUUCGCUUCCAACGCCCCAACCGCUGCUACCGGUGUUUCCUCGCCCUUUGGUGCCAAUCCAUCCAAUUCUCCCUUCAACAAUACUAACUCGAUGUCUUCUUUUGGCUCGGUAGGCAAUAACACCAACACCAACACCAACGCUGGCGGUGGGCUAUUUGGUCAAAACGCUGCCGCUCCUGGUACCGGCGCUACGUCUUCAUUUGGGCAGCCUUCGAAUUCUAUGUUUGGAAACACUGCGCAAAACAACACUUCUAACUCGCCAUUUGGAAUGAACAAACCUGCGUCGUCGGGCGGGCUUUUUGGUCAGACCAGUGCCACUGGUGCCAACACCAGUGGUGGAAUGUUUGGUCAAACCGCAAAUACCCCAAACCAGAAUAGCGGUGGUCUUUUUGGUCAAAACAACAAUACUGGCAAUAUUGGUACUGGUGGUUUGUUUGGAGCUUCUAAUCAAAACCAGCAGUCGGGAGGCCUUUUCGGAAAUAAUUCCAAUACUGGAGGUAGUUUAUUUGGCCAAAAUAAUCAAAACAAAAAUGCUCCUUUCGGCAGUACAAAUACCACUGCCACGGGAAAUGGCUUAUUUGGACAAACCAACGCCACUACUGCGAAUUCACCAUUUGGCCAGCAAACUCAGCAAUCUAGUGGCGGCCUUUUUGGCAGCAAACCGGCAAACAGUGGCGGCAUGUUCGGUGCUAAUAGCAGCACUCCAGCUGCGGGCACAGGUGGGUUAUUUGGUCAGAGCAAUGCUUCUAAUUCCCCAUUUGGACAAACCAACAACACACCUGGUGGCGCCGCUUUUGGGCAAAACCAAGCCCAGAAUCAAGGCAGCUUUGGCGGCAGUGGGCUCUUUGGGCAAUCCAAUACUAAUACCACAUCUGGAGGAUUGUUUGGACAAAACAAUAAUGCUAAUGCAAAUACAGGCAGCGGACUAUUUGGUCAAAAUAAUGCGAACAACUCCGGUGGUUUGUUCGGUCAACAAAAUGCUGCUACAAACCCUCCAUUUGGUCAAAGCAGCUCAGGUUUUUCUUCAUUUGGUCAGCAACAACCUCAGAAUCAACAAAAUAGCUCGCUUUUCGGUGCCAAGCCUGCAGGUACUACUGGCGGAGGUCUCUUUGGAUCUGGAAAUAAUACAGCGUCGAGCGGUUUUGGUCAAAAUACAAAUACGGGUGGAGGCUUGUUCGGUCAGAAUACAAACACUAACACGUCUGGCAACACAGGCGGCUUAUUUGGACAAAAUAACACGAGCAAUAUAGGAGGUGGGCAAUUUGGUCAAAACUCCAAUCAGCAGCAGCAGCCUCAACAACAGUCUGGUGGAGGACUUUUUGGCCAGAACAACAAUCAACAAAAUCAGGGAGGCCUGUUUGGUCAAAGCAACAACACUGGUGGUGGCUUGUUUGGCCAAAAUAAUAAUCAGCAGCCUUCGGGAGGAGGACUUUUUGGAGCCAAGCCGGCGAGUACUUCCUUGGGUGGUCAGUUUGGUCAAGCCUCCGGUCAACAGCAACAGCAACAGCAAGGCGGUGGACUAUUUGGACAGGCAAACAAUCAGUCGAACACCGGUGGCCUGUUCGGAAACAAGCCUGCAGCUCCCACAGGCGGCCUUUUCAAUCAAAAUAGUUCAACAGGCGCUACAGGAGGCGGUCUUUUUGGUCAAAGUAAUGCAGGUGCUUCCAACACUUCUUCGCUUGGAUCCGGUGGCUUGUUUGGCAACAAACCGGCUACUGGCUCGAACACAGGAGGUGGUCUCUUUGGUUCCAAACCUGCAGGUCAGAGCAGUGGUGGACUAUUCGGUGCUAAGCCGGCAGAAAAUGCCAGCAGCGGUGGUUUGUUUGGAUCUAAGCCAGCUGGGAAUGGAUUAAGUUUCAACAGUGGCAACAAUGCCAGUGUGUCGGGCGGUCUUUUCGGAAACCAACAGAAUCAACAACAAGGAAUGCAGCCGCCUCCUCCCGCUGCUCAGCAAACAAGCAUGAACCCGUAUGGUACGAAUGAAUUGUUUUCGCGCGUGAUUGUGCCUGACUCGAUCACGAAGCCAAUCAAGCCGAGCGCAACUAAGCUAAACGCAGAUCUCAAGAAGAAGGCCAGUCUUUCCGGUGCUUACAGGUUGGCACCAAAACCGUUAUUUAUUCAGAAAAGCGCAAUCUCCGCUCCCGUUAUGCGUUUGGGCAGCAGUGCUUCGGAUAAAAGCCUUCAUGGCGUAGGAAAUAUCGCAGGCUCAUCUACAGAAUCUCUCGGGAGAGAGCUACAGCAUCAGAACAAUUCACCCUCAUUUACCAAUGAAAGUGAUGAGCUGAUUUUGGCCUCGAAUGACACUCUGUUCAAUCCAGACAAAAAGUCAUUCAAAAACCUAAUCAUAAACAGGAAAAAGAUGGAAGAUUCAGCUAAGAAGGAUGAUGAUCAAGUUCUGCGAAUCACAUUUGCCUCGGAGAAAAACGAGUCUCAGGAUAAAAAUGGAGCUCUUUUCGCUAGCGCACCGGAAAAUGAUAGAAAAGCUACGCCUUUGUUAGCGGGCGAUUCGGGUAAAUUGGCAUUCACAGACAAUCAUACGACCAAAACACCCAUCGGUAAGUCUACAGCGCCCCAGGCUGAAAACUUAGCUCCCGCCACCGGCGAUGUCACAAAAGCUGACGGUUUUCAGAGAAAACUCGGCGUCCUGGGCGAUGACGUCUCUUUCGAGGAUGAUGGCUACUACAUUUCCCCAUCGCUGGAAAGUCUUCCUUCAAUGACUCUUUUACAGCUUCGUAAAGUAAACGGGCUUACAAUUGGUCAUAAAGAUUACGGUAAGGUCGAAUUUCUUGAGCCUGUGGAUUUGACGAACACUUCUUUGCCUGCCCUUUGCGGGCAGAUUGUCGUCUUCGAGCCUAGGUCGUGUAGCGUUUACCCAAAUGGAUCUGAAAUACCACCUCGUGGCCAAGGAUUGAAUGUUCGGGCUCGCAUUAGUCAGUAUGGGUGCUAUCCUCAGGAUAAAGCGACACGGGAACCAAUAAAAAACCCAAAUCACCCAAUCAUCAAAAGACACAUCAACCGCUUGAAGGCAAUACCAGGUACUAAAUUUGAGAGUUACAAUCCUCAGCUUGGUACCUGGGUGUUCACUACGGACAGUCCGGCUGGGAACUGA